AUGGCUUCCAGUAGCGCCGCCUCGCUGCCCUACCACGAGCCAGGGAUCACCACCAUCCUGACCCAGGGCUCGUUCCUGGUCAUUCUCAAUGUCAUCAAUACCAUCCUGGACAACACCGUCUACUGCGGCCUCCUCGGCCAGAUCUUCGUCGGUGUGGUCUGGGGCACCCCAGGGGCGAAAUGGCUCUCGGAGUCAACCGAAGAGGCCAUUGUCCAGCUUGGUUAUCUCGGCUUGAUACUGCUCGUAUACGAGGGCGGUCUUUCGACGUCGUUCGCGUCCCUGAAAGCCAAUCUGCUGCUCUCCGUCGCCGUUGCCGUGACAGGCAUCGGCGUGCCCAUCGGCCUCUCCUUCGGGUUGCAGGGCUUGGCCGGCGCGACACCUCUGCAGGCCUUCGCCGCGGGCGCUGCGCUCUGUUCGACCAGCUUGGGAACAACCUUCACCGUGCUUGGGACCAGCGGUCUUACGCGCUCCCGUCUUGGAGUGGUUCUCACUAGUGCUGCCAUGAUGGACGAUGUUGUAGGCCUGGCCAUGGUUGAAGUCAUCUCCAACCUCGGUGGAUCCGAUUCUUCUUUCAGUGCAACCGCCGUCAUCAGGCCUGUCUUCGUCUCGCUGGCAUUCGCCGUGCUGAUCCCGCUUGCUUGCCGCCUGAUCGUCAAGCCUGCUACUCUUUUCUUGAACAAGCACCGUGAGGCAAGCCCUUCCGGCUUGACGCAGAAGCUCUUGUCCAUGCAUCAGAUGAGCUUCUCCAUUCAGACCGCCGUCCUCGUCAGCUUCGUCGCUGGUGGCUCUUUUGCAGGCACUUCGAACCUCUUCACCGCCUACCUUGCCGGUGCAUCCAUCAGCUGGUGGGACACUGAAGUGCCUCAUUUGCCAGUUGCAAGGUCUCAGAGCACGGACGCGAGUCAUGCUGGCAGACAAUCUUCUGCCGGCGUGGUCUCGAACAGUAGUGAUUCUCAGGUGACUGACCCCGGCGAGAGCAUCCGAAGCUACUCAUCUGCUCACAUGUCUGGGAUCGCCAUCUACGAACGAUAUUACCAGCAGGCUGUGGAGAAGAUAUUGAAACCGCUUUUCUUCGCCUCGAUUGGCUUCUCCAUUCCCAUUUCUCAAAUGUUUACCGGCUCUGUUGUUUGGCGUGGGAUUGUCUACACAAUCCUGAUGGUAUUCGGGAAACUGGUAUGUGGUCUCUGGCUAGUCCGUUUUUCUGUUUCGCCGUACAUCCCCGAGCGUCUUAAACUCCGUAAGCUCCGCAUGCCGUCGACGCCCCACCUCUGGGGUGCAUCAGCGAAGAAGGAAGCCAAAGCCGAGCGGACGAAAGACCCGAACGGGAAGCACAGCCACCCGGAUGCUCUCCGACCUCAACGUGAAGAGCAGCAGAUCCCAUCUCAAGCACAGGCAUCUCCACGAAGCGACGAGACGGCUCGGCAGCACGGCUCGUCGCCCGAACAGGACGAGCAUGCUGACAAUAGCACGCCUGCCCUCCGGCAUACCUCGCGCAACCCCAAGAAACCCAUUUCCCUGUACCCGGCCUCCAUCGUUGGCAGUGCAAUGGUGGCGCGUGGCGAGAUCGGCUUUUUGAUUUCAUCAGUUGCGCGGAGCAGGGGAAUAUUUGCUUCCACACUCGGCUCUUCGUCGAGUGGUUCGGACGAGAUCUUCCUCGUCGUUACCUGGGCGAUCAUGUUGUGCACGAUCAUCGGCCCAUUAGCAGUCGGACUAUUAGUCAGACGGGUCAACAAGUUGCAGAAGAACGGCGACAACGCCAUGGAAGGGAAGAGAGACGUGCUUGGCGUGUGGGGAGUGGAAUAA